AUGUCGUCAGACCUCUACCAAGCCUUGAAGGAAGAUGAUAGCAUAAGGCUCCUCACUCUAUUGCCGGGAAGCCGUGGCAGUCCAAUAUCUUGCCGCCUGGAGGAAGUGCGCCUUUCAUCGAAACCAGAAUACAUGGCACUUUCUUACACCUGGGGCGAGCCAGUAUUGACCAACACCAUAAGCAUAAAUGGGGUGUCCAAAGGUGUUCGACAUAACUUGUACACAGCGCUACAGUAUCUGCGCGACACAGCCCAAGCUCAAAUGCUUUGGAUCGAUGCUUUGACAAUCAACCAAGACAACAUACCAGAACGGAAUCAGCAGGUGAAGCUCAUGAAUCAGAUCUACGAGAAGUCAAGCAGAACAGUGGUCUGGUUGCGGGAAGAGAAGGACAGCGAUCGACCUGCACUGGACUUGCUACACCUGUGUGACUUACUCGAAAAUGACGACGCAAUCAGCAUUAACGAAAAGUACCGCUGCGUCGCUGAUGCGAUAUUCUGGCCCGAAACGUCGACAAGUGACGUGAUCAUCGACUCUCUGGCUGGUAUCUUUGCGUCGGACUGGUUCUCGCGGACGUGGAUCAUUCAGGAGUUCACGCUGCCUUCACAGGUUAUUCUACGCUGCGGAGAUUCAACAUUCCGCAAGGAGGGACUGUCUCUGCUGUGUGAAGCCCAGAACAGCCCGCCCGCAGACUGGGCUGGGCUUAUGCAGCCGUUAAAGCAGGUUAUCCCGCUCAACACUUUGAGGAGGAUGUUUUGGCAGGAGAGGAAGCUGUUAUCGGAGAGACAGAAAUUGGGGGGCUUGGGAUUCCUGCUCCACACCACGUGCCGCCGAUUCGACACCUCGGAGCCUCGCGACUGUGUAUAUGCAUUGUUGUCUUUGGUCAAUACCCCGGGCUCCGUGCUGACUCCCGACUAUCACCUGACAACAGCGCAGGUCUUCUCCGCGGCGACUCGAGUCAGCUCAGAGCCUAGCAAGCUGGAAGUAUUCUAUCUGCUUGCUCUGAGCUGUCGCCGCCCAUUCUCGACUUUGAAACAGUCCCUUCCAUCCUGGGUACCGGACUUUUCACACAGAGGACCUACCCACGGCAGAUCCUUGCAGAAGUUCAACGACAUAUAUUGCGCCGGAGGAAAGACGAGCCCGGCAUUCUCGUUCAGCGACGACGAGCUGACGUUGACUCUCAAAGGAAAGAUACUGGACUCUGUCAGCACAGUCCUGAUAGGCGAGUCGCCGGAUAAAUUUGAGUCAGGCUUUAUCAAGCAGUGGUAUGGCAUAUGCAGUGAUUUUGUCAAUCAGAGCGUCAAUGAGAGCGGAUGCUACCCCUCUGGUGAGUCUGCCCAGGAAUGCUGGUGGCGACUAGCAAUCUGUGAUGUACACAUUUCGCUUCAUAAGAAAUAUAGCCGUGCAUCAUCUGGAUUCGGCAGCUCUUACUUGGACGAGGCCAUAAGCGACGGGGCCAUAAUGGACGAGUCGCACCUAGCAGAAGAACCCCUCCGAACCAGGCAGGUCGAAUACGGACUUGCUCUGGACGUACUGUUCUCGACCGCGGCCUUGUGUCGAACUCGGAAGGGCUACCUGGGAUGGGUGUCCCCUUCUGCUCGGGAGGAUGACAUUGUUUGCCUGUUCCAGGGUGCUGCGGCACCGUGGUUGAUCAGACCACGGCCUGACGGGACUUUUCUGCUGAUCAGUGAAGCCUACAUACACGGCAUCAUGUAUGGCGAGGCUCUCGACUGGGAUGACGCUGAUUGGGAAGACAUCCGCUUGUCUUGA